AUGUCCCAACCUUACGAAUCCUACGAACCCCCUACCCACAUUCCAUCCUUUGUGAAACCGCUCACUCCUUACGUCAGGACCCAGCAGGAAGCUCUCCGCAUUCGCCAGGCCUUGACGUCGUAUCUAAGUUCUUUCAUCGUUUUCAAUGAUGACAUACCCCCAACCUCCCACCUCGCCCUGUGCGCGCCCGCCGAUUCCGUUGUCAACGUGAGCCGAAUCCCGGUAGAAUUAUCAGGACUGAGGAAGGAAUACUUGAAGGCACUGCAAGCGAAUGUAGCGGCCCGGAAGGAUCUACGUGUUGCAUCAGAGGAUGUGGCCUCCUUGAGGCGCCAGAGGGCAUCGCGCAUUCGACCCGUUGACCCCGCCGAUCCGCAGGAACCCGGCGCAGACCUGCGAGAUUACCUUUCACUUUUACGAGAUCGGCGCCGCUAUACAAAGCUUCAAGUUUUCCAGCAUUACCUAGAGGAGCUCAGGGCAAAGGAACCGACUGGCUUGGAUUUGAGCGAAGAUACGCCCCAGUUUAUGUUGCCCGACGGACUGGACACGGAAAUAGACCAAAAAGAUACCGAUACAGAUCUAGAAGGACUGGUACACAAAUUGGAACGGGCAGUGAUCCGCGCUCGAACGCAAUUGGAUCGGGAGAAACGAUUAUUCGAGAAGAUCAAAACACAGCAUGAUGCCAGAGAAAAGGACUCGGAUAUUCUACCACCGGCGGUCAAGGCCCAGGCAUUGCAGCGCACACGGGAUGAGCUGGUGCGAUGGGUCGAAGAGCGAUUGGUGAACGAGGUAGAUCCAGAUGAGAGUCUGGUACAAGACCUGCCAUCGGAGGAGAUUGAAGAGGCCCAGCGUCUGCUCGAACAGAAUAAGGCACAAAUCAAGGAGCAGUACGCGGCCUAUCUUCAGGCACGACGAGAGCUACUUGAUGCUGCCUCGACAGCUUGUCAACCAGUGACAGUGACUCCGAAGCCUCCAUCUCGGUCGGUUUACCGAACCGAGAUCCCUGUUGAAGAGAUACCCGCCCCCAACUCAAUUGACGUCCUGUCUUAUGCCAGUGAAAUUCUGGUGCCUCUUUCCAAAAGUCAAAAAUCCCUGGCUCUCCAAAGAUCCUAUCUCUCUGGACUACUCGCGAAGGAAAAAUCCACCACUCUACGUGCUUUGCACCGUCUACGAGAUGAAAGUCACCUUUUGUCCGAGUAUCCCAUUCUGGCCCACCAACCACGAUUCAAGCACGCGGUUGCAGCGCUCAAUCCACGUGGUCAAUCACAACCCCCCGAUCAGAAACCGCUCGACGAAGUUGUGGGUCUAGCAGAAGCAUGGGCUUUUGCCUCGGAGGCUGCGGCUGCUAACGAGCGCGAUCGUGUACAACAAAAAGUGGUAUUGGGAAGUGAAGUUACUCAAGAUGCACGACAGACGUUGAAUGAUGUCUAUGGCAUUUUGAAUCAAGAUCUAAGUGGUGUUAUGGAAGACGGUACGGAUGCCGAACCCACUACGUCAGAUAUCUGGGCCUCGGAAGCUCACAAAACGCGAGGGGUCGGCAAUCACAGUGGGUCCCGGCUGGAGAAACGAGCAAAGGGACCCUGGUCGGGACUGCACGGGCGUGUUGGACUAGAAUAG